UUCCUUCCCCUCUUCUGUUGUGAAGAGGAAGAGGACACAGGGCAGAAUGUGCAAGAGACACUCCCUGAAGGAGAAGACUCCCAUUUCCUUUUAGCUUACCAGGCCAUAGAACUGCUUGUGCCGCCCUAUUGCUGGGCAAGAAUUGGCCCAGGUGCAGUAACCGUCCUUCUGGAUGGCUUCAUCUUGAAGAUGGCAUGAAGGUAGGAAGGAAUGUUCCAUUGCCUGGUAAUGGAAGAGGAGAGGGGAGCAGACUGAUGUCUCUUUCCUUAGAAAUAAAGGAGAUGGAGUACUGAUAGUUGCAUUAGACUAGAAUUGAGGGAGACUACUGUUUAAGCCCGCCUUUAGCCACUGAAAGUUACUGGAUGAUUGUGAAUCAGACAUUCUUUCUCAGCCAAUAAUCUCACAGAAAUGAAGAGAUAUCUUCAAUUCGUUCUUCAUUGUUGAGCGAAUGAAUGAUUUUAGACCCCCGGGCACUGAGUGAAAUCCAUAUUUUGAGCCUCCCAGAAGGAAAGACAAAUGUGUUAGUUGCUACAAUAUAAUCUGGAUUUGGUAAUCCAGAGCAAGCAUGUUGCUAUGGAAGACAGCUUCAAUCAGAUACAACUGAAUUUGCUACAGUGCUGCACCAGCCCAAGCCUAAUUUCUGGACACCAUAACAAAGACAAUUCUUGAAAAGGUUUAGGCCUAUUCUCACUCGCUCCACAGCAGGCUAUGUGACGCAUCCUCACUUGCGGUUUUCAUCCCUGGCAUGGGUGUAUUAGGCUCCAAGACUUCCUUUUUGGCUUUCCUCCUAGGCCUCAUUUUUGGCUUUUUUAGCAUCUUCUACAUUUUGCAAAACCUGUCAUGGGAGGGAUCCCUGCGUCUUGGCCACCAGAUGCCGCAUGGCUCCAAGGAUCUAGAAAGCGUGUUGGCUAAACCGGGUCUUGUCAGUUCUGCACGCUUACGCAAAGCAGGUGAGGAUAACAGCGUGGCAGAUGAACUCUAUGACAAGGUGCGGAUUCUGUGCUGGGUGAUGACAGGGCCCCAAAACCUGGAGAAGAAAGCCCGCCACGUCAAGGCCUCUUGGACUCGUCAUUGCAAUGUAGUCCUUUUCAUGAGUUCACAGGAAGACAAAGACUUUCCCGCUGUAGGACUGGGUACCAAGGAAGGCAGGGACCAACUCUAUUGGAAAACCAUCAAGGCCUUCCAUUAUGUGCACACACAUCAUUUUGAGCAGGCCGACUGGUUCCUCAAAGCAGACGAUGAUACCUUUGUGGUGCUCGAAAACCUCCGGUGGCUGCUCUCCAACUACUCCUCGGACAGGCCCAUCUAUUUUGGGAAGCGCUUCCGGCCCUUUGCCAAGCAAGGCUAUAUGAGUGGGGGCGGGGGCUACGUCCUGAGCAAGGAGGCCCUGCGUCGUUUCGUUGCUGGCUUUGCCACCAAGGUCUGCAGCCACACGUCGCCAAUAGAGGACCUGGCCCUGGGCCAAUGCAUGGAGAAGAUGGGCGUGGAAGCUGGAGACUCCCGGGACACGAGAAAGAGGGAGACCUUCCAUCCUUUUGUGCCCGAGCAGCACUUGACGGAGAAGGUCUCAAAAAGCUCUUGGUACUGGGCUUAUUCCUAUUAUCCUAUUGUGGAGGGACCUCAGUGCUGCUCUGACCUGGCUGUCUCUUUCCACUAUGUGAACACAGAGUGGAUGUACACCCUGGAAUACCUCACCCACCACCUGCGUGCCCAUGGCUACCGCUAUCGCUACCAGCCACUUUUGCCUGAGUAUGCCUCUCACCUUCAGCCCCAUCCCGCCUUUGGGAAAGACCCUAAGAGGAGCAGCAACGCCACUGAGCAGGACAAGUUGUAAGGACUGCGUGCAGGUUCAGAGCAAACUCAUCCAGGCUACAGAUGGUGAGGCCUGCCAGUGCCUCAAUCCUGCUGGCCCGUAUGGUUUUUACCGUGUUUUAAACUUCAGUGCCUUCUUCCUGGAAAGGAGUGAAAUGAAUAUGCCCUGAGCUCAGGUAAUUUUCUCAUCCCCCCAAAAAACCUCUAUAUGCCCACUAGCCAAAAGGAAGGAUGUUAUCGAAGAAGCCAUUUGUUGUUGUUGUGGUGGUGGUGGUGGUUGUUCCUGAAAGGGCCUGAGAAGAAGGCAGAAUUUGGCUAAAUAUGAUGCUGCUUUUAUCCAUUCCUUCUUUACACUUGUUUCCGAUGCAAACCAAUCAGUCCCAUCGCCCUGUACAUGAUGUGCCCUGGGUUUAAAAGCUGAGGGUGUGGCCCAGGGGUGAAAUUCAGCAGGUUCUGACAGGUUCUGGAGAACCGGUAGUGGAAAUUUUGAGUAGUUCAGAGA